AUGGCAGAGGCGGACGAUAGUAAUUUCUACAUUGAGCUACAUAAGAAUCCAAUUAGAUUUGACCCUGUUGAUAAAGUGACCAACGUCUUCUACGAUGAUGCAAACAAGCAGGUGUUUGCUGUGCGGUCAGGUGGAGCCAUGGGUGUGGUGGUCAAAGGCCCGGGUGAAAAGGAUUCUGUAACAUUCAGAGUUGAAAGUAGAGGAGAUGUGAUUUCCAUCAAAUUUUCUCCAGACCGACGAGUUCUAGGCAUACAACGUUCAACAAAGUCUGUGGAAUUUAUAAACUUCAUGACAGAUAUGACAGCAGAUCAGUUGGAAUACUCUCAAACCUGCAAGGGUAAAUCCACCAACAUAAUGGGAUUUGUGUGGACUGGAGUGAAUGAGAUUGUCUUUAUAACAGACCACGGCAUUGAGUUCUAUCAGGUUACUCCUGAGAAAAGAAUGCUGAAGUGUGCUAAAACAAUCAGUCUGAGUGUUGCCUGGUUUGUGUGGCAGGUAGAAAGUUCAAUAUUGCUGUUAGCAUCAGGUGCAUUAGGAAACACAUUGAAUCCAUUCCUGUUCAGGGGUACAAUGACAAAACUGCCAAAGUUUGAAGUAGACUUACCAUCGGUACAGAAACAGUCGAAGACUCCUCUACUGGAGCGUGACGUCAUCAUGGCCAUUAUAUAUGGCCAGCUGUAUAUAGUUAUCCUGAGGCAUCAGCCUCGACCUGGGUCUGUAGGGGCAGAGAUUGUAUUGUACCAGAUCAUCAGGGAUGGACCUGCUAGGAAGACAAAUGUAUUAAAAUUGGAUAUGAGUGGACGCUUUGCUAUCAACGUUGUGGACAAUCUAAUCCUGGUCCAUCACCAGGCCUCUAGAACAUCUGUGAUAUUUGAUAUUCAACAGGAAGGAGAAUCAGAUGGCUAUGUAAUGUCUCAUUACCCAGUUGUCUCCCCUUUGCCCAUUAAACCUUUUACACUUCUGCUUCCAUCACUCAAUCUGCAAACAGGAGCAAACAAAAUGGAAUACUCCUGUGAACUAUAUUCCCCAAACUGGAUUGUCUUUCAGCCCAACAUUAUAAUAGAUGCUAAACUAGGCUGUCUGUGGUAUGUGAAGCUGCUGUUGGGACCACUAGUUGUUAUGAUUCCUGACAAGUGUCGACUCAUCAAGUUCCUGCUGCAGAGGACAGAUAGUAAGUCUGAAAUCCUGUCUGUCUGCCGGAACAUGAUGGUGCCUGGUAAACAGGCGAACCUGCGAACCAUUGCGUCAGUCCUAGACAUGCUUAACAAAGUGUACCACUCACAUUUGGAGUCUGAGAUAAACCAGCUGGCAACUGACACACAAUCUCGGCCCUCAGAACCACGAAGACGACAAGUUAUUGUAGACCAAUCUGAUGCCUACACCCAUAUCUUUUCCAUCUUUGAAGACAGAAAGGAUAUGAAAUACAAGUUUAUUGUUGCUGUCCUGAUAGAAUAUAUCCGUUCACUGAACCAACACAGCAUUCCAGUCCAGCAUUACCUGUAUGAGCUGAUCAUCAACACCUUGGUCCACAAUAACUGCUGCUACCAACUUCAUCAGUUUCUCCAGUACCAUGUGCUGAGUGACUCAAAACCACUGGCUUGUCUGAUGCUGUCCUUAGAGAGUGUAUACCCACCGGCUCACCAAUUGGCUCUAGAUAUGCUCAAGCGUUUAUCUACAGCUAAUGAAGAAAUAAUUGAAGUUCUACUGUCCAAACAGCAGCUACUUCCUGCCUUACGAUUUAUACGAAGUGUGGGAAUCACGGACACUGUGUCAGCUCGGAAAUUCUUGGAGGCAGCCAAGUCCACAGAAGAUAACAUGUUGUUCUAUACUGUAUUCAAAUUCUUUGAGCAAAGAAACAUACGUCUUAGAAAUAACCCUAAAUUCCCUCAAGGCGAACACUGCGAGCAGUACACACGAUAUUUUGAAGGACUAUUUGGGACAGAUGCUCUUGCCCAAACAUCUCCAACGUAGCCAUGACAACAAAUUGUGACAGAUCAAGUGCUGUGAUAAUUGUACAUAGAACAUAUACAUUUUAUCAAAAUAUAUCUACUGAAACUUCCAUUAUAAUUGAACACAAGAGUAGGUUUUUAACCUUUCUUGAGGAACAGAAUUUGCAUAUUCGUCAAGGUAGUAUGAAAUCAAUGUGAAAUGUAACGACUUUCAUUGGAUAUCCCACUCACAUCAGAGUUAUGGUCACCCAGACUCUUUCAGAAUAUUUUAGUUUUCUUUUCCUUUUAGCAGUUAUACUUUGAGUUAUCUCCCUUAGCUACCCUUUCAACAUUUUGCAAAUGGCAGCAUGCUAUACUUCAAUGUCUGUGCUUGUUUGUCUAGUUUAUGUUUAAUUCAGUUUUAAAUACUCAAAUUUUGAACAAAAAAAAACAUGAAAUGCACAAUUGAGAUGAUACUAUUCUGAAAUAAGGCCUAUACAAUGUGUAAACAAAUAUAUCAUCCAAAGUCAUACCUUGCACCUGCCUGCAACACUACUGGGUGUAUGUAAUAGAUUUGCAGAAUAAAAUCUUAGGAACAGCUGAAAAAUUAAUAACCAAAAGCUUAUCACGCAGGAUCAUGAAAGUAUGGUGUGUAGCAUUGUUUGGAUGGAACAAUUCCAGAGGUGUUCUCUUGAAUUUACCAAUCGUACUGGCUAUGUAACUGACAGGAGGCCAGCAUGUGAUUUUUGGAAUAUUUGUAUCAUUACCUAGAUGUAGGUUCAUGAAAUUUGGAUUAGUUCCAUGAGGAAUGAAUAAGUCUACAACUCGAUUAUCUGUCUAGACUUUACACAUUAUACCUUCUAUAUGAUAUUUGGCCUGUAGCAUACUGGGGUGAAAGGCUUGAAAAUUGUUCAAAUAAACGACCCUGACCCCAUUGCAAUUAAAAUGGUACAGUAACAAAUAACCUUAACCAAGGGCCCUUCCAAAGUUAUGAUGUAGGCUGCAGGGGCGAAGGUCUAUCUAGUCAGUUUAAAUUAACUACGUUGAUUCCCUUUGAAGAUUGUGCUUGAGUAAUGGAUUUUUACCCCAAGAUAAAUAAGGCAAUGUUACAUCAGGUCAGUAUGGUGCUUGCUUGCCUGCCGAUAGGUAGGUUCUAAUCUGUUUAAAUGUAACAGGUGUGAAACAUCAGCAGCAUACAACUGUAUUUACAGUACUACUGAAGAUCUUAUCCCUGUCUCACUACUCUCUCUGGAAAACUGGGAGACUUUGUGGGCUGCUAUUAAUAGACAUUGUUUUUGAGUAGGUGACAUUAUGAACACAUUGUUAAGGAUUGCCAUUAUUAUGUUGAAACUGUAAUCAAAAAUGUAUUUAUCCAUAUAACCAGGAUCAGCCUAUAGUGACAUGUGACCUUUACACAUACUACUAGUAUUUUACCAUUUGGAAAUUAUUAGUCAUCUAUUUCCACUUAAAGUGUAUUUUUCUAUUCAAUGCCACUUGAAAGAAUCGUUUUUAGUUCAACUUUUCUGUUUUAAAAAAGACUUCAUCUCAAUAACAGAAUGGCCCAGACUUCUGAUAUUUGGCAUGUAGCAUGCUGGGAGGAAAUUAUUAAUUAAUUAAUGAACUUGGCCCUCUUGAAAGGUCACAGAAGUCAAAUAUAUGUAUGAAGUCUUUAGACAACUUCUCAAUCACUGAAAGAUUCUACGUACUGAUAUUGGUUUCAUAGCAUGUUGGGAUGAAAGGCUUCCAACUGUUCAGGAGAAUGACCUUGAUCAAUCUUCCAAGUUACAGAGGUCAAAUAAAUUGAAAGCUCCAAACAUAUUCUCAAUAACCAUAUGAUAUGAGGGCUACCAAUUCAGUUUGAUGAAUUCAAUCCAGUUUCAAGGUAACAGGGUCAAAUAUUCUAAAAUCUUCAAAUAACUCCUUCUCAAUGACCAAAAGGCACAGGGUAAUGAAAUUGGGCUUUUGGCAUGCUGGAAUGAAGGCAUACCAAGUUUUGUUCAAUUGAACGGCCUUGACCCACUUUCAGAGUCCGGGAAUAAACUGUGUAAACAUUUUCAAAUGACUUCAGCUGAAUAACCAAAAGGCCCAGGGCCAUGAUUGAUCAUGAUCCAAUUUCAAGAUAACUUGGAUCAAAUUGGUUAAAAUCUUCUAAUUACUUCUUAAUAACCGUAAGGACAUUGAUAUUGAUAUUGGAGUUGCAGAACAGGAAAGCAAUUCAGGCUCAUUAGGCCUCUUGGUGUAUGUAGAACUUUAGAAGAGAGAGACAAAGACAGUCACAUAUAAUUAUCUAGUGAAUUAAUUAAGAACUAAAUUCUCAAUAUAUAGUUGUUCCGGAGAAGUAUGUACUAAAUUCACUGUUGGCAGUACAUCACACUAUCCUGUGUAUCUGUUUUGAUUAUGUUUCCUUUUCAAAUUUUGCCCAGAUCCUGUUUCUAGGUCACCUGAGAUUAAAGUCUUAUAGAUUACCAUAACCUUUUACUCCAGUGCUGUGUGUCCCCUCUUCUGAAAAACUGAAUUAAUUUCAAUGAAAUUUUGCAUACACCUUCUAUUGCCAAAGUUGAACUAAAAUUGUGAAUUAUAUGGUCAGAUGACCUGGGAUGUUUCUAUACCAUUAGAGGGGAUGUUUCUAUACCAUUAGAGGGGAUGUUCCUAUACCAUUAGAGGGGGUGUUUCUAUACCAUUAGAGGGGGUGUUUUUAUACCAUUUAAGGGGGUGUUUCUGUACCAUUAGAGGGGGUGUUUCUAUACCAUUAGAGGGGGUGUUCCUAAACCAUUAGAUGGGAUGUUUCUAUACCAUUAGAGGGGUGUUCCUAUACCAUUAGAGGGGAUGUUUCUAUACCAUUAGAGGGGGUGUUUCUAUACCAUUAGAGGGGUGUUCCUAUACCAUUAGAAGGGGUGUUUCUAUACCAUUAGAGGGAGUGUUUCUGUGCCAUUAGAGGGGUGUUCCUAUACCAUUAGAGGGGGUGUUUCUAUACCAUUAGAGGGGGUGUUUCUGUACCAUUAGAGGGGUGUUCCUAUACCAUUAGAGAGGUUGUUUCUAUACCAUUAGAGGGGUGUUCCUAUACCAUUAGAGGGGAUGUUUCUAUACCAUUAGAGGGGUGUUCCUAAACCAUUAGUGGGGGUGUUUCUAUACCAUUAGAUGGGUGUUCCUAUACCAUUAGAGGGGUGUUCCUAUACCAUUAGAGGGGUGUUCCUAUACCAUUAGAGGGGAUGUUUCUAUACCAUUAGAGGGGUGUUCCUAAACCAUUAGUGGGGGUGUUUCUGUACCAUUAGAUGGGUGUUCCUAUACCAUUAGAGAGGUUGUUUCUAUACCAUUGGAGGGGGUGUUUCUAUACCAUUAGAGGGGUGUUCCUAUACCAUUAGAUGGGAUGUUUCUAUACCAUUAGUGGGGGUGUUUCUGUACCAUUAGAGGGGGUGUUUCUAUACCAUUAGACGAGGUGUUCCUAUACCAUUAGAGAGGUUGUUUCUGUACCAUUAGAGGGGUGUUCCUAUACCAUUAGAGGGGGUGUUUCUAUACCAUUAGAGGGGGUGUUUCUGUACCAUUAGAGGGGUGUUCCUAUACCAUUAGAGGGGGUGUUUCUAUACCAUUAGAGGGGGUGUUUCUGUACCAUUAGAGGGGGUGUUUCUGUACCAUUAGAUGGGUGUUCCUAUACCAUUAGAGAGGUUGUUUCUAUACCAUUAGAGGGGGUGUUUCUAUACCUAAAGCCGCUUUUCAAUAUUUAAUGUUUCAGAUUUCUGAUAUUGCUAUAGAUCAUAUUGCCACAUUAAAUAUUACAUUGGAACUGGUCACAUGGGAGGUUAGCUCCUCGGCAUUAUAAGUGCAAUAUUUCAUUUAAAGUUAU